GGCUCCAGUGCGGGGCGGGCGCGCUGCGGCGGUCGCUGCUGCUGCUGCUUCCUCGGGCCAUUUUGCUCCGCGCGGAGCGACGAGAGGUGGAGAGCGGGGGCCAGAGGAGGCGCGGGCCGGAGAGGGCGGCGGGCGACGGGCUUUCCGCAUCCGCAGGGUCCGGAGGGCCGCAGCGAUCGCCGGCGAAGAGGGUCCGGGGCCCCUUCCCGGUCCCUGCACCAUGAGCUGGGGCACCGAGCUCUGGGAUCAGUUUGACAACUUAGAAAAACACACUCAGUGGGGAAUCGAUAUUCUUGAGAAAUACAUCAAGUUUGUGAAGGAGAGGACUGAGAUUGAGCUCAACUAUGCCAAGCAACUCAGGAACCUUUCGAAGAAAUACCAGCCCAAGAAGAACUCGAAGGAAGAAGAAGAAUACAAGUACACCGCAUGUAAAGCGUUUCUUUCCACCCUGAAUGAGAUGAAUGACUACGCGGGGCAGCACGAGGUCAUCUCCGAGAACAUGACAUCACAGAUCACGGUGGACCUGAUGCGCUACGUGCAGGAGCUGAAGCAGGAGCGGAAAUCGAACUUCCACGAUGGACGGAAGGCUCAGCAGCACAUAGAGACCUGCUGGAAGCAGCUGGAGUCGAGUAAGAGGCGGUUUGAACGGGACUGCAAGGAGGCCGACCGUGCCCAGCAGUACUUCGAGAAGAUGGACGCUGACAUCAAUGUGACCAAGGCCGACGUAGAGAAGGCACGGCAGCAAGCUCAGAUCCGUCACCAAAUGGCAGAGGACAGCAAAGCGGAUUACUCCUCCACCCUGCAGAGGUUCAACCAGGAGCAGUGGGAAUACUACCACACCCACAUCCCCAACAUCUUCCAGAAAAUCCAAGAGAUGGAGGAGAGGCGGAUUGUGCGCAUUGGAGAGUCCAUGAAGACCUACGCGGAGGUAGACAGGCAGGUGAUUCCCAUCAUCGGGAAAUGCCUAGACGGCAUCGUGAAGGCCGCUGAGUCUAUCAACCAGAAAAACGACUCCCAGCUGGUUGUAGAAGCCUAUAAGUCAGGAUUUGAGCCUCCUGGAGACAUUGAGUUUGAAGAUUACACACAGCCGAUGAAACGCACGGUGUCAGACAACAGCCUUUCCAGCGCCAAAGAAGGCAAGCCCGAGCUCAAGUUUGGCGGCAAGUCCAGAGGCAAGCUAUGGCCAUUCAUCAAGAAAAACAAGCUUAUGUCCCUUUUAACAUCCCCCCAUCAGCCUCCCCCUCCUCCCCCUGCCUCUGCCUCACCCUCUGCUGUUCCCAACGGCCCCCAGUCUCCCAAGCAGCAAAAGGAACCCCUCUCCCACCGCUUCAACGAGUUCAUGACCUCCAAACCCAAAAUCCACUGCUUCCGGAGCCUAAAGCGUGGGACUCAGUCUUUGUGUUAUCACAGAGAGCUCAUGAAGAGGACUCUAGGGAAACCCACGCAUGCCUUCGAGGCUAGGGACUAUGUUCUUUCUCUCAAGCUGGGUGCCACACCAGAAGACUUCAGCAACCUUCCACCCGAGCAGAGAAGGAAAAAGCUGCAACAGAAAGUUGAUGAUCUCAAUAAAGAGAUCCAAAAGGAGACAGAUCAGAGGGAUGCCAUCACCAAAAUGAAAGAUGUGUACCUAAAGAACCCUCAGAUGGGAGACCCGGCCAGCUUGGACCAUAAACUCACCGAAGUCACCCAGAACAUAGAAAAACUGCGGCUGGAGACGCAGAAGUUUGAGGCGUGGCUAGCUGAGGUGGAAGGCAGACUCCCAGCUCGGAGCGAGCAGGCCCGCCGGCAGAGUGGAAUGUAUGAUGGCCAGACACACCAGGCAGUCACCAACUGUGCCCAGGACCGGGAGAGCAGCCCAGAUGGUAGUUACACGGAGGAGCAAAGCCAGGAGCGCGAGCUCAAGGUGCUGGCUACGGAUUUUGAUGACGAAUUUGAUGACGAGGAGCCACUUCCUGCCAUCGGGACCUGCAAGGCGCUCUACACAUUUGAAGGCCAAAAUGAAGGCACCAUCUCCGUAACUGAAGGGGAGAUGCUGAGUGUGAUCGAAGAGGACAAGGGCGACGGGUGGACGCGCAUCCGCAGAAGCGAGGACGAGGAGGGCUACGUCCCCACUUCCUACGUCGAAGUCUAUUUAGACAAAAACGCCAAAGGUGCUAAGACGUAUAUUUAAUCCACUUAGAACAAAACAAAAACCCUGCAAAGCAUUGGAGUUGCCUCUCCCCACCACGGUGGCUGUUACAGGCCUUCAAGAGGCCAGCAGAGAGCAAGUGACGCAGACACUUGGGGACUGGGGGCAUCUCGUGCCCGAGUUCGCUUGUCCGACCUGGCAGUGUGCAGAGCUGCCACCGGCCAGCGUACAACUGUGUCCUCUGAAAUCUGAGCAGUGUUCCCAUCCCUUCCAACAAAAUGUGUAGAUUUUUAAAAGCUGUAUGGUGGUGGCUCAUGCCUGUGAUCCCAGCACUCAGGAGGCCGAGUCAGGAACAUCCCCGUGAGUUUCAGGCUAGCCUGGGCUACGGAGUAAGACUCAGUAAAAAUAAAUAAAUGAAAGUUACAUUUGUUACUUCAUCAGUGGAAGAAAAGUAAGCUGUCCCUGCCCUUGAGUGAAGCCUCUGACAUGUUCUGGGUGCCCACACUGGGUGUCCUAAAAGUUGCAGCUCAGGUCCCUGCAGUCAGCCUUUUAUUGUCGGGGUGUCUGGAACAACCAAAAGAGGUCCAGGAAAGUGUACUCCUCAAGCGAUUUAGUUUGACUUGUCAUUAUUAGAUGGAGUCUCCUGGCUCCGUCUGAUGGGCCUGGGCCGGUGACAGAGUGUCUUCUGGCUGUUGAGGCAAGCGCAGGCAGCAGGUGGGUAUCCCGACGCCCCUGCGGGCAAGAUGGUUCUAUUCCUGGUCGUGGCCGGAGCUGCCGCGAACAGAAGCCAGUGUGUCCGCUGCUGUGAGCAGUGGCCCCAACAUGACCCUUUUGGAGUGGAAGACUUUCUUUUUCUUUUUAAUCUUUGGAGUCCAUAAGACCCAGAGUUUGAAUUUGCUAGACCGUUUGGGGAUUUCUGGCACAUUUGAUCUGGCUAAGUACAGCCAGAAUAAAGUAAACGGGCUUAGAGUUUUGAAGGAAUCUGGGCCAUGUGGGAAUUUGCAUUUUUUAAGUCGGAGGGGAGAGUGUGACGCUGCUUUCACGCACGGGCAGCUGCCAAGCCCAGGACUGAACAGUGUCCGUCAUGACAGCCCACCUCAAGGCCACCACGAGCCAGCUGUAAAUGGGUCGGAAUGAGAAAGCAUCUGUCCCCAUAAAUCUUUUCUUUUCUGUUUUGGGGGUUUUGUUGUUUUGUUUUGUUACAGUGUUUCUGUGCUGGCCCUGGCUGUCCUGGAAUUCGAUCUGUGGGCCAGGCUGGCCUCGAACUCAGAGGGCCGCCUGCUUUUGCCUCUAGAGUGAUGGGAUUAAAAGCGUACAUCACCAUGCCCAGCUAUUUCAUGUGUGUGUGUGUGUGUGCAGUGUCUUGCUAUGUAACCAACACUAGCCUUAAACUCACAAUUCUCCCCUCUGGCCUCAUGAUUGCUGAGAAAUAUUUUGAGGUAGUGAUUGGCUCUUAGCAGUUACAAAGGUGGCACAAAGAGGUCCCCAUGCUCUUCCUGAGGCCCCAGCAGCCACACCCCAUAGUCUAGCUCAGUCUCCAAAAUCAGGAAGCUGACCGGGCCUACCUGUUGUUUUUUGUUUUGUUUUGUUUAAUGCACAUCAGUCUUGUAAUUCCUAUUUUCUUUGAGUAACUUUUGCUGUCACCAUGUAUUUAAAGUCAGCCAUUCUGAGACCCCUUCAGGGGCAGAUUUUCAGUCCCCCCUUCAAGUAUCAUGAACCUCUGAAGAAUGAAAAGGAGAAGAGUACAAACUAUGCAUGAGACCUGGUGGCCAGAAAGACUUGAAAUGUAAAGAUCUGCCCUCUUUAUCCUGUGCAGAACUCACCUGUAGGCUGUCAUUCUUCUUCCUUUUCUUUUGUUUUAUUUUGCCCUCUUUACCUCUAGGCUGUGAUUUCUUCCUCUUUUUUUUUUUUUUUUUUUUUUUGUGUGUGUGUGUGUGUGUGUGUGUGUUUGUUUUGUUUUGUCUUUUGAGACAGGGUUUCUCUGUGUAAUCCUGGAACUCUCUCCAUAUACCAGGCUGGUCUGGAACUCACAGAGUCCCACCUGCCUCUGCUCCAAGUGUUUGACUUUAAGUCCAGCACUCAAGAGACAGAGAUCUGUGUGUUCAAGGCCAGCCUGGUCUACAGAGUGAGUUCCUGGACAACUAGGACUACAUAGAAAGAUCCUAUCUUAAAAGCAAAAAACAUUGAAAAGUCUCAAAGAGAGAUCCAGUAGUGAGCUGGUGAACAGCCUCCCUGGGUGAAACAUAGGGGUUUCCCUCCGGUUUGUGCAGGUUGGGGUCAGGGAAAGGUCAGUUGCAAACUGGUCAUGGUUUUAAGUGUGUGUUAGUAAGCUGAAUACCUUAGGAUCCUAACAGAUGACCGCACCCAGCACUGACUAAACUGAAUGGUACUUUGUAGUUUCCAUCUCCUCAGUGGGGAAUGAUAAAAAUUUCUUCCAAAAGUUUGCUGUUUAAGAAGGGAGCUUGGAAGGUGUGGUUACGGGAAGAUGGCUCAGCAGGUAGAGACAUUUGUCCCCAAGCCUCAUGAAUGUGAGUGCUACCCCUGGGACUCCCAUGGUGGAAGGACCAACUCCCAGAAGUUGACCUCUGACCUUCAUACACCGUGGCACAUGUGCACACCUAUACAAAACACACACAGAUCAAUGUAAAACAAAAAACAAACCACUAGACAGUUGAUCGUGGUGGUAUUCACAUGUAAUCCCUGCGCUUGGGAGCCAGACACAGGUGGAUCUCUGUCAGUUCAAGGCUAGCCAGAUCUAUAUAGUGAGACCUUGUCUCAGAACAACGGAAGAGAAAUGAGAGAGCUGAGCUGUCUUAGCCUUCUCCUUUUAGCGGGAAAGUAUGCCUGAAGUUAACUGCCACCCCACCUAGCCUCUUCCAAACCCUGCCCUCCUGCCACCAACCCCCCGAGGCCUAGCUGCUGCUCUCUGACUCCCAUAAACUCAAAGCACCGCUUGGGUUUAAAAAUAAAUAAAUAAAUGGCGCCAGGGCACUUUCUCUGUGUGUGUGUUAUCUGUGAUGUGCUUAGCCGUUGCCAAAUCACUUAGAUUCCUCCGAGCCUUGUACAGCGGUGUCUCUUUUGACAACGCUUUGUUAAACAUGUCCAGAAUCCUGCCCCGCAGGGUAUAUUUGUAUAUAUUGCAAUUUGAAAACUAAAAGGAUGCCUUGAACAGUGUUGUUUUAGUCUUUACCUGUCGGUUUGAUUUGCCGUUCUCCUGCCUAACCGCCUUUUUUGUUUUUAUAACCGCUGGGGAGGCCCCUGGACUCUUGCACUGUAGCUAGGUCCCCGGCUGGCUGCGGCGCCCUUGAGUCUAUUGUAAACCCCUGGCCUGAGUAAGUUGUUUCAAUACAGCCAUCACGGUUGCUUCUUUCUGCUCUUCUCCUAAGAGAAAAGAACCUGCCUGUCAUCCUCCAGUUGUGCCCUCGUAUCUGCUCUCUCUAAUAAAUGUUACUAUUUUUCUCAAUGUA